UGGAUGGUUAAGUGCCGGCAGCCUGGAGAGAUAGAUUUCAUCGUGGCAAGGCAAAGCUCACCACUGUCAUCACGUGGGAGUGAUCGACAUGGUUAAAUCCACCUCGGACUGAGGACAAAUAUCUUAGGCGGUCAGUUAGAAACUGUUUAGCUCCAGCAUGUCUGAUUUCUGGAGGUACCUGCGGUGUACAAGGUAGCCAGCGUUAUGUUCAGGAGGCGUUCGGUUAUUGGGAGGCGACGCCUGGAAAAGGGAAAUAAAUUGAAUAAAAGCGUCUCCGGCGACUGCGAUUGCUUGUGGAUCGUAUAAACAUGAACCUGCGGGUCCUGUGCGCUCUCUGCUUACUGUGCGCGCUGGGAAGAGCAGACCACCCACAGACCUCUCGGCUGUCUGCUUAUGAACUGACGGUCCCCAGGAGGAUUGGAAAGGAGAAGAGGGACCUGGGGAACGUGGCAUCCGAUAAGGUGUCCUAUGUCAUCCAUGCUCAGGGGAAGGACCACAAUGUAGUCCUAGAGAAAAACAAUUUGCUUCUUCCCAAAGACUUCACCAUGUACUUAUACACCAAGGAUGGCUCUCUGAUCACAGAGAAUCCCUUCAUGGAGAAUCACUGUCACUACCGGGGCUAUGUGCAGGACGUGGAGGACUCCGCUGUGGCCCUCAGCAUCUGCUCUGGUCUGAGGGGCAUGCUCCACUUGCCUGGUGUCAGCUACGGGAUCGAGCCUCUGGAGGAGUCCUCCAGCUUCCAGCACUUAGUAUACAGGCUGGAAGAUGUGCAGGAUGAGCCUCUGGUGUGUGGGACGCUCCUUGAAGACCAAGAGCAUGACCUGCAUGCGGAGCAGAUUCACAAGCUCCAUGCGCCCCCUAGUGGCCCCCUGCCCCGGAGGAAGCGGGCCGUGCUCCAGCAGACCCACUACGUGGAGCUCUUCUUGGUGGUGGACAAUGAUAGGUUUAACUUCCGAAACAGGAACCAGACGGUGGUACGGGAAGAAAUGGUCGAGCUCGCCAACUAUAUAGACAGCAUGUAUAACGCCAUAAACAUCAGGAUUGUGCUGGUGGGGCUGGAGAUCUGGAACCAGGGCAACCAGAUCAGUACGGAUGGCAAUGCAGGGGAGGUGCUGCACCGCUUCGUGCAGUGGAGGCAGCAGGUCCUGUUGCCGCGGCGCCGACACGACAGCGCCCAGCUCAUCCUGAAGAAGGGCUUCGGAAGCACGGCCGGGAUGGCCUACGUCGGCACGGUGUGCUCGCACAGCCUCGGCGGGGGCAUCAAUGUGUUCAGCAACGUCAAAACGCAGCAGUUCGCGUCCAUCGUGGCCCACGAGUUGGGCCACAACCUGGGCAUGAGUCAUGAUAACGGGCGGGACUGCCGGUGCGCUGCCUCCAGCUGCAUCAUGAACUCCGGGGCGACCGGUUCACGCAACUUCAGCAGCUGCAGCGCCGACGACUUCGAGAAGCUGAUACUGGGCAGCAGGGGUCGCUGUCUGCUGAACUCCCCCCGUCCGGAGGAGGCCUACAGCACCCCCUACUGCGGGAACAAGCUGGUGGACGGGGGGGAGGAGUGCGAUUGCGGCACGGAAGCGGAGUGCAAGAAGGAUCCCUGCUGUGAACCCAAGACAUGCAAGCUCAAGUCCUGGGCACAGUGCGCUGAUGGGGCGUGCUGCAAAAACUGCCGGUUCCUUACGGCCGGUUCCGUGUGCCGGGCUGCCAAUGACGAGUGCGACCUGCCUGAGUACUGCAACGGCACCUCCUCGGUGUGCCAGAGUGACAUCUACAAGAAAAACGGGCACCGGUGCAGAAGCGGUACAGCCUACUGUUACAGCGGGAAGUGCAAGCACUAUGACGGACAGUGUCAGGCGAUUUUCGGCCCAAAGGCCAAGGCUGCCCCGGAGGUAUGCUUUCACCACGUCAACCUGAUGGGAGAUCGCUUUGGGAACUGCGGCUUCCAGGGGAACAGCUACAAGAAGUGCACCAGCAGCAAUGCCAUGUGUGGAAAGCUGCAGUGUGAGAAUGUGCAGAUGGGAACCGUCUUUGGCAUCGAACCCGCCAUCAUCCAAACGCCAGCCGGUGGGACCAAGUGCUGGGGCGUGGAUUUCCUGCUGGGCUCCGACGUCCCUGACCCAGGCAUGGUGAACGAGGGAACCAUAUGUGCGGAAAACAAGGUGUGCUUGAAUUAUGAGUGUGUAAGUGCCGAUCUACUGAAAUAUGACUGCGACACGCAACAGAAAUGCCACGGUCAUGGGGUGUGCAACAGCAAUAAUAACUGUCACUGUGACGAGGGCUGGGCCCCCUCCAACUGCAAGGACAGAGGCUACGGGGGGAGCGUGGACAGCGGCCCCACAUGGAACGACAAGGACACCUCCACUCGGGAUGGCCUGCUGGUCUUCUUUUUCCUGGUGCUCCCAAUGCUAGUCCUGGGCGUCUACGUCUUUCUCAAGAGGGAUGAACUACGGAGGCGAUUCUGCAGGGGCACCAGCGGUAGAAACAGCAGAGCCGCAGCAAGCGGCAACCGGAGAUCCCCUCAGAGGAACACCCCGGGCAGUAUCGUCAAGGAUGGACAUCAAGCUCAGUUGUUACCAUCCCAGGAGGUUGUGCAGACCAACAGAACAGCAUCUGUGCCAAGCUAUGCCCCACCUCCACAACGUCCACGACCACCUAUGACAACGCAACUUGUGCCUCAAAGACAUGCUCCCCCACCUCCACUGUAGUCCCAGUUGCUGUCCGUGGGGGUGGUUUAACAUGGUGUGUUGCACUGACUCUUCCCCCACUCAUUUGGGCUGGCAGUCACUCAGAGACCAGUUGGCGACUGGGCACCGAGUGCAAUAAGGAACUGCGCUGUCGACGAGAAUCGCAGAACUCUGGCCACUUGAUAGCCUGAAACCGUACCUACGCAAUAAGACCACUGCAAACUAUUACCCCAUACUGGCCCUUGAGUGCUACCUUAGGAAUGUGAAAAUAUGUGAUUAGCCCUUGAGUUAGCAGUACAGGGGAAUAAUCGGUCUUGUUUUGUGUAUUAUGUGUUAUUGUAUGUGUGUUUUUCAUAAUUCUUUUUUUUUUUUUAAUAUAUUCAAAAUAAAUAAAAAUAAAUAUUUUUAAUGACCUUUUUAAAGUACCACUGGUUCUGCACUGGUUUGACUGAGGUCCAGCGUACAGUCAUAUCUGUCACAACAUUGCUGCACUUUGAUGUCCCAGAGUACUAUGCUGUUUUGUUUAUAUAAAAUUAUGCCAGAAGAAUUCCUGCUGUUAUGCUUCCUUAAAUGUUGUUUUUUUGCUUAGGUUUCUGCCUCAAUUUUUGGAUUAAAUUUAAAAUAAAGCCUUAAUAUAACUGAUUACCCUACAUUCUUGAACAUAAAUAAUCUAUUUUGUCUCAAAGUGCUGUAUUCAUGAGGUUCAGGUUUGUUUCAACUACUGUAUAUUUAUACAUUGUUUUAAGCAGACUGUCUAUCUCUUGGAUUGAACCAAAAGCCACGAAACCUUGUCCACUAUCAUACAGAUAACGAGAGACAAAUGAACACUGAAAUAAAUGUUUUUUUAGAAUCUA